UUCUUCGUCUCGGUCGUUUACCUCCGUCUCGGGCGGGUUUGUGCGGUCUCGGCGAUCGGCGGCAUGGAGCUGGGGUGGUUGUUGUGGGGUGCGGGGGUGCUGCUGCUGCUUCACGUCCUGAUGGAGCUCAGCCCCGCCGUCAACUUCGCGCUGCGCAUCGGCUUCUACUGCCUGCUGUGCGUCGUCGGCUCGGCGCUGGCGGCGCCCGUCUGCCUCCUCGUCAACGGCGGCCGAACCGUCAAGAACAUGAGAAUCAUCAAAACUGUGGUCAAGACCUUCAAGUAUUUCUUUGGCGUGAGGUUUGAGGUGAAGGGACUGGAGAACUUUGAGAUGGAGGGCCCUGCUAUCAUUGUGUCCAACCACCAGAGCAUCCUCGACAUGAUGGGGCUGAUGGAGGUCCUGCCUGACGAUUGUGUCCAGGUGGGCAAGAAGGAGCUGAUGUAUGCCGGAACUGUGGGGCUCAUCAUCUACCUCGGUGGUGUCAUCUUCAUCAACAGGAAGAGCACAACCAGCGCCAAGAUGGUGAUGGCAGAGGUGGCCAAGACUAUGGCAGCUGACAAAGUGAAGGUGUGGGUGUACCCAGAGGGCACAAGGAACUGCACUGGGGAUCUGCUGCCAUUCAAGAAAGGAGCAUUUCACCUGGCUGUCCAGGCACAGGUUCCAGUGAUCCCCGUGGUGUAUUCCUCCUUCACAAGCUUCUAUAACCCAAAGAAGAAUCUAUUUACAUCAGGCAAAAUCAAGGUUGAGGUUCUGCCUGCAAUAGAGACCAAAGGCCUGACAUCAGGUGAUGUCUCUGACCUCACUGACAGAUGCUUCCGCACCAUGAGGGAGACCCUCUUCAGGCUGUCAGGCUGUCCAAGUGAGGCAAAGGACUCAUCCUAGAUGCCUCUCCAGUGGCAUCACCAUGUGGUGGUGGCUGAAGGGACCUCUCUGUUGCCAAAUACCGAAAGAACUUCUCUUCCUCUGCAGUGACUUCUAACUCUGGGAACACCAUGGACUGGCACAUGCAGGCUGUCGAGCCAGGGCUGAGUUUCCCCACUGAGUGGAUUUCUUUUAUGGGUUCAUUAUCUUGCAAUGAAAUAUCUCCUUUUUCUGAAUUUCUCAGGCAUCAAACUUGUGCUACCAAAGGGCUGAAUGACCAGAGAGGUGAGUUCCCACAGCUCAGGCAGCUAGUGUGGGGUGACAAUGAAAACCUGGCUGGAGGCUGGGCUCUGCCUCAUAUGAGUGUCCCUGCACCUGUGUUCCUGCAGGCUCAGCUAGUGUUGGCCUGGCCCCGUGCUCUCCCAGUUGGAAACCACCAGGCAGCGGUUUGUAUCUGCAUGACCUUGGUGCUGCUCAAACAGGGCUGAGAAUCAGAUGAAAGUCCAGACUCUGGUUCUUUGGCAGCACUGGAGGUGUGGCAUCCUCCCUGGAGCACUGCUAUCCAGCAUGGUGAAGCUCAUGGGUGGUCUCUGGUGCAGGGCCUCUCUCCUUGAGAGACACCCUAGGGUCACAGCAGCAUCUUGUACUGGGGCUCUGCAUUGCCCAGGUACUCUUGAGCCAAGUCUCUUACUUCUGAAGGAAGCACCCAGGGCCAAUAACCUCAGCUGGGCUGCAGAUGGGAAUGUGUGGGGCCAGUCAGCCUUAUAGUGGCUUCAGGCUUGACUGCCUUGUCUGAACAAGUGUCCUUGCUCAUUGAGGAGUGCAGCAAUGGAGAGGGAAGCUGCAGUCUGACCAAGCCAGCAUAUGUGGUCUGGGCAGAGUUUAGCUGAAUGCUGUCCAGCCUUGCUGGUUUAGUCAUCUUCUAAACGAAACCCCACACUUGUUUCUACCAUUCAGAGCCACCAGCUUGAUUUUAAAAACUGCACAGAUCUGUCAGAGUCCUGGGCAAACCUGUCCUCAUGUGUGAUUUGUUUGUGGUAUGCCUCUGGAUGCCAUGUGUGACAUGUACCUGGGUUGGCUCAGAGCUUCCUUGGUGUCGGGAAACUGUGCUGCCAACUCCCUGCUGUGGUGGUGGUUCAGCCUGGUUGCAGCAGGCAUGCUGGUGCCUACAGUACCCGUUGCAGAUGCAAAGGGCUCUGUCAUGCUCGUUUUGCCACUUGUCAUGGUCAGCACUGGCCGAAAGAUGGUGCCUAUCUCGUGUAUCUUUGCUGAUCUCGGUGGAGCUGCUGCUCUGCAAGGCUUGUAAAACUCCUGCCGAGCCACAGGGUGGGUGAGCUGCAACAGGGCUUGGAAGGCUUCAGCUCUCCCUUUGGGGGAAAUGGACUCCUUUCCCUGUUCACAUAAAGGGGUUUCCCCUGUGCUUUGGCGUGAUGGACCAGCAGGGCUCCUGGAUCCCUUGCUGGGAGCUGCAGAAGUGUUGAUGCCCUCUGUGAAGAGCAAGGCUGGGUAAGGUCCAUGGUUCCAGGGGGUAACCUUCACCUCCAGUUUGGGUUCAGGGAGGCUUUAGCUCUCCUUUUUGUGGUGCAGGGUGUAUAUAACCUUGAGAUAAGCCACCUGGGCUACUCGGGUAACCAAUGCAACUGGCUUUUGCAGCCUGUCUGGGGCUGCAUUGGUGGAAUUGCAGUCAUAUGGCAUUUUAGUGUUAAAGCCUCAACUGGGAAAGGCAGGGAGUUCCUGUAGAGCCAGCGGUCCCCAACGGAGGGAGCCCUCGGGCUGAGCUGGUGCUGGUGGGGGCCAGGGGGCUUUAUCAGAGGGGCCUUACAGUACAG